GAGUGGAGACUGGUGACGAGACGCUAAUGUUUGAAAUCCGAAUCCAUAAAGAAGAACUGAAGAAGCAAUCUCAGAACUGACGUCUCGGAGAGCGCAAAAUGGAGGAUUGAUUCACAAAUGGAAGUCCAAGUUGAGGGGUCAGGGUCCUGCAAGAUGAGUGUUCUUCUUCUAUUUUGUCUGUUGCUAUUCUCAGAUUCGCAAAUAGCUGCAGCUAGAGGAGAGAGGCCUGGCUUCCUUUUUACCAGGACCAGAGGAAGAUGUACUCCACAGUUCUGGAGCGGACGGAGGGAGAAGUGGCCGAGGAUGGUUCCGGAGUCAUCGACGGUGUGGAAGGUGUUCGGUUCCAGGACUUAUGAACGGUACAGUUGGGAUCUGACAUUGGCGGAGGCGACUGCGAGGAACGACGAGGAGAACGCGUUCGGAAGGCUGGUGAAGGAGGCAACCGCGGCGCUGCUUAACUCGUACACUAGAGAGGGGUAUCCGUACAGACCUUGGCAGGUCAAGACCCUGCUCAUUCAAGCACUGGUGUCGGAGGCCGCAGCUUCGUCUCAAGCGAAGCGCUUCUCAUCGGCUAAUCUCGCUUGUGAUUGAUCCUAUCAAUCCCAUUACCUCACACUCUUCAAUCAAUUCUCUUAUUGGUGUGGUGUGAUCUUGAUGUUGAUCCAUUGUAUUCUACAGUACUUACUGGUAGUGACUUUCACUUUUGUACUCGUUUCAGUCAUCAGUCGAAUCUUGAAAUUGUUUCUUCUUUCUGCUUUUGUU